GAUGGCUACGGUCACCACGGUCCUUUGAAAUUGAAAGGACUUUAAUUUGCCUCGAUUUGCCAAUGAACGAUUGUGAACAGGCAUGUUGGCGCGACGUGACGAAGGCUAUAGAAACUGGUCUGGGCGACAGACAAGGCGGUCGUUAGUAUACCCAACCAGGAUUACCCUCGGACGGAAUGGCUCGGGUUGCCGUCAUUGGUGCAGGAGUGGUUGGUCUCUCUACCGCUAUUAACAUCCAGGAAUGCAUGCCGGGAAGUCGCGUGGACAUAGUAGCAGACAAAUUCAACCAAGACACGACCAGUGUCGGUGCCGCGGCUUGGAUAGUUCCCUGGGCUCCGGGGGUCGAUGAGGCACUACAGAGGAAAUGGGGCCGAACUUCAAUGGAUUACUUCAUCAAACUGGCAGUUUCAGAAGACAGUGCAGACAGUGGUGCCAGUAUUGGUAUGGGGAUACAUUAUGCCACUGGACCACAGACUCCACCUUUUAAACAUCUCAUGCUGUCCUUCGACCCAAUGUCCAAGGAGAGUGCCGAGAAGCUGAACCUAGGAAAGUUCUAUUGCUACACUGGCACAACCGUUGUCGUGGACAUGAGUACAUACCUCCACUGGCUCAUGGCAAGCUUCCAAGCCCGAGGCGGGAUUGUGCUCCAGAGGAAAGUGACGUCAUUCCAAGAGUUUGAAGGCGAGUACGACGUGGUGGUUAACUGUGCUGGUUUAGGGGCUAAAGCCCUGACUGGAGACGAGAAGCUGCAGCCAAUGAGAGGACAGAUGAUGAGGGUGGCCGCUCCGUGGGUGAAACACUACCUACACUGCUCGGACUCAGUUCAUUUUCUUCCCAAUGUUGAAAACACUGCCAUUGGCGGCAUCAAGUCUGUCGGUGAUUCCUACACAAGCGUACGCCUGGACACGUCCGAACACAUCUGGAAGAGCAUCACCAAGCUCUGGCCUCCCCUGAAGAAAGCUAAAAUAUUGUGGGAGUGGACGGGGCUGAGGCCCUACCGGGUGCCCCCAAGGGUGGAGGCUGAGGUCAUCCGGUUUGGGGACAAGAGCCUCAAGGUUGUGCACAACUACGGUCAUGGGUCGUACGGUAUCAGCAUGAGUUGGGGAACCGCCGUCCAUGCAGCAGAACUGGUUAAGGACAUGUGUAAACCUACGUCAAGACUUUGAAUUAUCUCCCCUUGUUUGUGGUUAGCAUUAUCUCCCCUUGUUUGUGGUAAGCCAAUCGGCUCAUCUCAAUCCAGUAGGUCAUCUCGGCUAGCAUUGGGAGGAAUCAACGUUGGAACUGGACUUACUAGUUUAAUCAGUUUACGGGACUAUAACAUUUAACAAGACAAUCUGGCGGCACUUAUGGUGGCGCUCAUGUAAAUGUUGCUUGAUAAUUAAAUCGUGUACCUAAUUACUUAAAACCAUAAAAGAAAUUCCUAAAAAUCGGCCGUCAUGUUGUACGCACUAUGUGAGGGAGGAACGUUCGGAACACGGUUUACAGUGAAAUCAUCCAACGUCACUACUCCGUUAUUGGCCGUUGUGUCAUGUAGGUAACGGAAUUCAUUCCAGGUCUAGAGAUUGUUAUUAGUGUCAUGUGUGACUGUCUCUGAUGGACGUCAUCUUUCACUGACUGGUGUUCAUCAUUGUCAGUUGAUGCCCAGCUUUGGCACAAACACAGUAUCUUAAGCGACAUGACGGUGUUGCUCGAUCAUUUUAUUACCGUCUUCGCCAUGCUUGUGGUUUUGACACAGAGGUCCAUCCAUGGUACAACCCAGAAUAUGUAGAGGGCGUCAUGGAAAAUGAUAAAUACAAAAUACUUUGGAAUAGGCCCGUAUGCAGUCUCAGGCGUAUCCAGACCAACAAUCCUGAUCUUGUCCUUUUUGAUAAAUCCAAUAAAAUAAUUUAUAUUAUUGAAUUUUCUGUCCCUUUUGACACUUACGUGAUUUACAA